AUGAAAUUGAAACAGACCGAAAAGUUGAUUCUUACAUAUCUUGUGAUUAUUUUGGUGGUAGCAAACGCCACACCCCAAGAUGAUAAAGAAUUUCUUGAGAUGCAUAAUAAGGCGCGUGUCCAGGGAGGCCUGCCACCAUUUACCUAUGAUCAAACACUCGCUGGUUUUGCAAACAAGCAUGCAUUAUCCCAUGCUCGUGAUUGCGCUUUAAGACACUCAGACGGACCCUACGGUGAAAACCUAUUUUGGGGUAGUGCUGCUAAGUCCCUCAAAUGGGCUCCCAAGGACGCUGUCUAUGCUUGGAUGAAAGAACAAAAGUAUUAUAAUAAGAAAACCAAUACGUGUAUGCCUGGACAAAAAUGUGGCCAUUACACACAAAUUAUGUGGCGAGACACUAAAAAAAUCGGUUGUGCAAAGUCUAAUUGCAAUGGAAAAAGUACUUAUAUGGUAUGCGAGUAUCAACCCGCUGGAAAUUACGAGGGUCUUUCCCCUUUUGACAAGCAUGACCCGUCUAUGUACACUCAAACUUAG